ACCAUUCACCCGAUGGCAGCAGGGAAACUUUGGGCUGUCAAGAUACCGCGCAAUAGUGAUCCGAAAAUCUCCUUUUAAAGUCCAAUGAUCAGGGUUUCCUGGUGUUUGUCCUGUUACGCGCGCAGUAAGAUCGAUCAUCAGAGAAUAAUAGGACGAAGCAGACAAGGACAAUUCAUGCAUUGACUUGCAUAUUCCCCCAUUGCACUUUAUAACUAGAGGUUUCUGGUGAGUUAGUUUUAAUCAUGUCUGGACAACGAACAUUUGUAAGCCCUUUCCACAGACCGCACUGCCUGGCUGCUGCAGCCCCAGCUGAGAAGGCAAAGUUCACCCACCCCGGCAAGGCUAUUUUAGCUGGUGGGCUUGCUGGAGGCAUUGAAAUCUGUAUCACUUUCCCCACGGAGUAUGUGAAGACCCAGCUACAGUUAGACGAGAAAGCCAAUCCACCACGUUACAAAGGCAUUGCGGACUGUGUGAAGCAGACGGUGCAGGGUCAUGGGGUCGGAGGCCUGUACAGAGGCCUCAGCUCGCUGGUCUAUGGGUCCAUCCCGAAAGCAGCUGUCCGGUUUGGGGUGUUUGAGUUCCUCAGUAAUAAAAUGAGGGACGAGUCUGGCAAGCUGAACAGCAUGCAGGGACUCCUCUGUGGACUGGGGGCGGGGGUGGCAGAGGCCGUGGUAGUGGUAUGCCCGAUGGAGACUGUGAAGGUAAAGUUCAUUCAUGAUCAGACGUCAGGAAACCCAAAGUACAGAGGCUUCUUCCACGGGGUCAGGGAAAUCGUUAGAACUCAAGGUCUUAAGGGAACAUAUCAAGGGCUGACGGCAACUGUGCUGAAACAGGGAUCCAAUCAGGCUAUUCGAUUCUAUGUGAUGACUGCACUAAGGAACUGGUACAAAGGUGACGACCCCAACAAGGCUAUGAACCCUCUGAUUACCGGGGGCUUUGGCGCUAUAGCAGGAGCGGCCAGUGUGUUUGGCAACACGCCUUUGGACGUCAUCAAAACCAGGAUGCAGGGUCUGGAAGCACAUAAGUACAAGAGCACCUUAGACUGCGCCGUCAAGAUCAUGAAGCAUGAAGGACCUGCAGCGUUCUACAAGGGGACUGUUCCGCGUCUGGGCCGAGUGUGCAUGGACGUGGCCAUCGUGUUCAUCAUUUACGAGGAGGUGGUCAAGGUUCUUAACAAAGUCUGGAAGACAGAGUGAGGCGGGCUCGGCUGAACGUGAUUGGCUGAGCUAGACGAUCUUGCGAUGUCUGAUUAGCCUGUCAGGUCUGAUUAGCCUGUCAGGGACAGUGGUGGCUGAGGCCUUAAAUUACCCAUGAGGCUUUGCUGGAGUCCUGUUUACCAUCUCUCAGGCUGCGAUAUUGUGUUCUUCCCUAAGGAAGACUUUUCCCAACUGAAUGUGAUAACAGACCUACAGAGUAUACUUGAAACGGAAAAGCUAAUACAUUUUUAGUGUAGGUCUCUACUCAGAGCGCAUUGUAAAACUGUAAUAUAUGUGAGACCAAUGUAGAUUUUAGACCGGGAUGUGGUAAAUGUGGUAAAUGCUGGGAGUGACUAAAGACUAAGCCUUUAUCAGUAUAUUGUUGCUAAUUAUGUAUAGCUAAAACUCUUGACAAAUUAUAUUUUAAUCAGAAUUGUAAUUCUUUUAAAAAAUUGAAAGUAUUAAUUUUUUGAUCAUGGAAUUGUAUCCAUUGUAUGUAUAGUGAUUUUAAUGACUUUUAUUUUGAUGCUGACAGAAGUAGUGACAGCCAAAGAUAUGCUCAGCUGCAUAACUCCUUAAUAGAAGAGGGGUUCAACAUUUCCUCUAAGACACUGGUAAAACCUCUCACUUAGGCCGAACGUUCCUGGACAGAAUGGUUGAAGUGCCUGCACGUAUAUGCAUACAGCAUCAGUUAAUGUUUCAUAUUCCCACCGAUUUUUUUUUCUUUAUUAUUAUUAUUUUCAUAUUUUUGUAUAGGUGUUUUCACCUGGGAAAGAUCCAUGCAAAUUAUCAUGAAAUGAAAUGUUUACGUUAGAACUAAAAAUCCUCCUAGUGCCUCAAAGCAGAAAAACUAUUCCUUACACAAGACCUUGGUGUUUUCUCAUUCCUUCAUAUAGUUUUGAGACAUCCUUGUCCCCAAAAGGUACUUAAAGGCCUAGAAGAUGUUUGAAAAUGGACCUGUUCGUAUCUCUUCAAAUUUGUUCAAGAGACCCUUACAAAAUAACCAAAGCCUUUAAUCUUUAAAAAAUAACUUUGUUUUUAAAAGUAGAUGUGCACACAAGACUGUGUCAUGGUAGCAGCACUUGCCAGCAGUAUGUUCAUUUUUGAGGUGCCUAAUUGAAUCAUAAUGUUCUCUCUUUCCUUACGAGCCUUUCAUGCAGUUUACUUGUUUUAAUAGCCAAUUUGUGUUUUGCAGUAUUGUGAAAAUUAGUCAUGAUUCACAAACCCACAACGCCUUAAUAUUUGCAAAUCUAGUGUCAGUUGUCAGCACUGAGGCAUUUUCUUUCUACCUCAAGAAGUCCAUAACAGACAUGUUAACCAUUGGCAGUCCAUGUUAAAUAAACAUGAACGUGGCUUGCGAGUGCAGCAAAGCGACUACCUGGUACCAUGGUGCACUGAGUUAUUCGGUUUCAGCCUCAACUCUAUAGGUCUUCGCUCAUUUAAUGGAGGCCUACAGUUUAGACUGAAAUGCAUGUGUUUUGUUGGUCAUUUGGUUAAACUGGAGAUAGUUAUUGUAUGCAAAGUGCUGACAUUCACUAACAGCUUCAUACAAUGGUUUUUUUUUUUUUUUUUUUGCUUUCACACUGUAUUGGACCACCAGAGCUAUAACACAACUAUGUUAAAUUUUGUCGCAUUGUCCAUAGCUUUUUUUUCCCAUUUGUCUUCAUGUCUGAAUGUAUUUCUUUUUAUUCAAUGUAAUUAAUGUACAAAGUACAUUUUACAGAUUGUUAAUGAGUGAAGACUUCUGUUAUGGUACGGCAAAUCAGUGUCAUCUUUCAAUAUCCAUAAGGGCAAGCUUGGUUGGUUUCACUUGUUACAGACCUACAUAGGUGGAAUGUUUGCAAACCUGUUUGCCAAUACCCUUGUUGCUCUUAAACUUAAAAAGAGGAACUAAACUGGAAUGUUUUCCCAAAGACAAAUAUGCUCAUGAACAUCUUGGAAAGUCAUUACUCCUGCUAUGUUGUUUAAUAUAGGCAUAUAGGAAUUAUGUCUUAAUGUGAUCCUUAAUCAACGCACACAAAGUUAGUUAAUGCAGACAUGUGUGUACAAUGUAAUUCUUUCUGAGUGCAGAUCACCAUGUCAUGUGCCUUUAAUAUUUUCAUUCUCAUUGCCAAUAAACACCGAAAUGAUUGGGGGGAAAAUUA